UACAGGUCAGUGUUGCAGAGGCGCAUUUGUGUGAGCGGCCGUAGUGCGGGACGGAGGAGCACAGCACAAGGGAGAGGAUUACUACUGCUUUGAGGACCCUUGGGCUGAUUAGAGUAUUUUACAAGAGCUUUGCCACUGAUUUAACCUAUUCUUUCAUUAAGGAGAACAACCAAAAGGAUUAAGAAAAGCUGAGCACAAUCUAAGUGACCAUGGGAGUUCUGGAGACACAUCUCAUUCUUGGGAUUGUCUUACUAGGAGUGUUUUCAGAUAAGAUUACAGAUCAGAACUUACACACAGAUGCGGAUGAACUAAAGGACUUCAGCAUUGAGCUAAGAGCCACUAUGGAGGAUUUGAAAGAGGGGGAUGCUUUCAAUCUCACCUGUGAAACUCCACCUGGACAUGCUUUCCGCCAACAAUGGCUGCAUCCCCAAAAACAGGCCAGAGAGGCUAUUCCAAUGAAGUUAACUUUCCCAGACAAGGUUCAGUACAUCCUCAGCAUCCCAAAAGCCUCUUUGGCAGACUCUGGACACUAUGAGUGUGCUGUAACUGACCAAUUCAGUGGACAUACCAAGUCUGUCAACCUGGGUAUCACAGUCCAUGAGAGCGCUUUUGUGGAAGUUAUAUCUAAUGGUAUUGAGCCAGUGGAGAUUGUCUCUCUUCUGGAAGACAAAGAGUUCACCAUUUACAUCGACUCUGACCCUGAACCAAAGGUCAGGUGGUUCAAAAAUGGCCUUCCACUGGAUGAAAGCUUUAUCUCCACCAAGACCACUCAUCUGCAAGGCCUCAGGUAUGAGAAUAUCUUUGUUCUCCGACACCCCAUUGAGGAGGACAGUGGCAUCUAUGAGAUUGUUGCAUCUGCUGGCUCCAGGAGUUCAAGAUUUUCAUUUAAACUCUUGGUUGAAGCCGUUUACCAAGUGUCGCCACUAAUGGUGCUGGCUCCAGUGAUGUGGCCCCAGAGGGAGAGCAUGGAAGUGUCUCUUCACUCCAUUUUCCGACUCACAUGUCGGGGUCAGGCAGAGAUCUCCUGGCACAGCCCCAUCUAUCUUCAUGAUCAGACCUACACUCAAAAGAAAGGACUAUUCAUAUCCACUGUGACUGUUGAUAAUGCAACAGCUGCCCACACUGGAGAGUACACCUGCUUCUAUGAGGCCAGCAAUAACACUGAUGAGAGCACCAUCUACAUAUAUGUUCCAGAUCCAAAAACACCGUUUGCACCUUCCAUGACUGCCUUUGACAACCAUGUGCUGUCAAGUCAUGAGGAAAUGGAAAUUCCAUGCCGUGUGACAGACCCCAGCACCAGUGUCUCUCUGGUUCACAUCGAGACGGAUCAGGUUUUGCCCAGCAUCUAUGACAGCAAGAGAGGUUUCGUUGGCCUCUUUGGUGCUGGGACAUAUGUCUGCAAAGCCCUCAUUCGUGGACAGGAGCACAAUAGUAUAGAGUACAUUGUUCAUGGCUGGACAGGAGGCUCUGAGCUGAGAGUUGAGCUACGGGCAGAGAAUAGGGCUCUGUUGGUGGGUGAGACCAUCACUGUGGACUGUGUGGCUAGAGGCAGUGAGAUGCUGGAGGACCACUGGAAGUACCCUGGAAAACUGGCGAAUCGAGGAAUAAAGACAGUAAAGGAGAAUAAGAAAGAUCUGGAGAUCUAUUAUACUCUCAAAGUGUCUAAUGCCUCACCAAAAGACAGUGGUAUCUACGCCUGCUCCAUCACUGACAUUAUGAGCAAUGAGAGCCAAACCAAACAGCUCAAUAUUACAGUCUAUGAUCGUGAGUUUGUGCACCUGAAUCCAGUGUUUGGUCCAAUGGAGACUGCUUUGCUGGAUGAGGUGCGAGAGUUCAGGGUGGACAUAGAGUCUUUCCCCGCCCCAAAAGUUACAUGGUUAAAGGACGGUUCCGUCCUUGGAGAUGUCGCUGCAGAAAUAAACACCAAUCUUCGGAAAAUCAGUGAGACCAGUUACCAGGGUGUGUUGACCUUGAUCAGGGCUAAAGCAGAGGACAGUGGGAAUUAUACCAUCAGAGCAGAAAUAGAUGACCUGACUACCAGCAACAGUUUCUACCUUCAGGUUAAAGUUCCGCCUGUGAUUGUGGAGCUGAUGGAUCUCCACCAUGGUUCUGCUGCUGGCCAGGCAGUGGUGUGUACUGCUGGGGGUUUCCCCAUCCCUGUUGUGGAGUGGUAUAUUUGCAAAAACAUUAAACACUGUGCCAAUGAUUCCUCCCAGUGGUUGCCUCUUCAGACCAACUCUACAGAUAUUUCGGUGGAAUUACACAUCGAGGACAACCACAUUGAGAGUCAGGUCGUCUUCGGCCAUCUUGAGAGCACGAUUGCUGUGCGCUGUCUGGCCAGGAAUGACAUGGGCAUUGUUUCACGGGAAGUUAAACUAGUGUCAAGUGGUCCACAUUCGGAGCUCACUGUGGCUGCUGCUGUUCUGGUGCUGCUGGUCAUUGUCAUCAUCUCACUCAUUGUGCUGGUCAUUAUCUGGAAACAGAAACCACGUUAUGAGAUCAGAUGGCGUGUUAUUGAGUCGGUAAGUCCUGACGGUCAUGAGUACAUCUAUGUGGAUCCCAUGCAGCUUCCAUAUGACUCCCGAUGGGAGUUCCCCCGGGAUGGCCUUGUUCUCGGUCGUGUCCUGGGCUCUGGCGCUUUCGGGAAGGUGGUGGAGGGCACAGCUUAUGGACUGAGUCGUUCUCAGCCUGUUAUGAAAGUGGCCGUGAAAAUGCUUAAACCGACAGCACGCUCCAGUGAGAAACAAGCUUUGAUGUCGGAACUGAAAAUUAUGACUCACCUGGGCCCUCACCUGAACAUUGUCAACCUGCUAGGAGCAUGCACCAAAUCAGGACCAAUCUACAUUAUCACAGAGUAUUGUUUCUAUGGAGACCUGGUGAACUACUUGCAUAAGAACAGAGAUGGGUUUCUCAGCCGGCACACAGAAAAGGGCAAAAAAGAUUUAGACAUCUUUGGCAUCAACCCAGCCGACGAGAGCAGCAGGAGCUAUGUCAUCCUGUCAUUUGAGGGGAAAGGCGAAUAUAUGGACAUGAAGCAGGUGGACACCAUGCAAUAUGUCCCCAUGCUGGAAAUGAGCGAAGCUUCAAAAUACUCUCCCAUCCAGAGAUCAGACUACGACCACCCUCCCUCUCAUAGACAGUUUAACGAGAGCGAAGUUGAGAGUCUUCUCUCAGAUGACACCAAUGAAGGUCUGACGACAAUGGACCUCCUCAGUUUCACCUAUCAGGUAGCUCGAGGGAUGGAGUUCUUGGCUUCUAAGAAUUGUGUACAUAGAGACUUGGCUGCACGCAAUGUCCUGCUGUCUCAAGGCAAGAUAGUGAAGAUAUGCGACUUUGGGUUGGCCAGAGACAUCAUGCAUGAUAAUAAUUAUGUCUCCAAAGGAAGCACCUUCCUUCCAGUGAAGUGGAUGGCUCCUGAGAGUAUUUUUGAUAAUCUGUACACUACACUAAGUGACGUCUGGUCUUAUGGGAUCUUGUUGUGGGAAAUCUUCUCUCUUGGUGGGACUCCUUAUCCUGGUAUGGUUGUGGAUUCCAGCUUCUACAACAAGAUUAAGAGUGGAUACCGAAUGACAAAACCCAAGCACGCUUCCAGUAAUGUCUAUGAACUUAUGAUGAAGUGCUGGAAUAGUGAACCAGAGAAGAGACCGUCCUUCCAUGGCCUGAGUGAGACAGUGGCCUCCUUGCUACCCUCAGGAUAUAUGAGGAGCUAUGAACGCGUGAAUCAUGACUUCCUGAAGAGCGACCACCCUGCUGUGACUCGAGUGCAGUGCAUUGACAAUGAUGAAGUAUACAUGGGUGUGCUCUAUAAGAACCAGGGCAAACUGAAGGAUCGCGAGAGUGGGUUUGAUGAACAGAGACUCAGCUCUGACAGCGGCUACAUCAUUCCUCUGCCAGACCUUGACCCAAUGUCAAAUGAAGACUACAGCAAGAGGAACCGGCACAGUUCUCAGACAUCAGAGGAAAGCGCCAUAGACACAGGCUCUAGCAGCUCCAUGACCAAGCAUGAGGGAGAGACCCUGGAAGACAUCAACUUGCUGGACGAGAUGUGCUUGGACUCAGGAGACCUAGUGGAGGACAGUUUCCUGUGAGAGAAAGAUGCAAAGAGAGGGACACCUCACAGACAAAAGUUGGCUUUCUCCAGCAGCCUCCUAUUCAUCCAAGUUGACUGAUCUCUCUCUCUCUCUCUGCAUUCUUCACUCUAUUCUUCCUCACCCCACUCUCUUGAAUCCUUCAGAAGAAAAAUACACUUUGAUGCAUGAUUGUCAUUGAGCAUGACUAGGUUUUGUAGAAUGGACAUCGCCUUCUAAAGGUCUGGAGAAAUAAGGAGUGUAGUACAGGACUUUGUGAGCACUCUUGAUGGGGCUCAGUGACUCUUAUGGAGGGGGAUUGGGGAAGAUGUUUGUUUCUGUGUAUAAAUUCUGUAUGUUUUUAAUAUGUUUGUGUGUGCGUGAGUGGUUUGUUUGGAACUUAAUUUUGACGGGCAUUCCGAUCAGCAAUAUAAGCAAGACCAUAUCAAAGACCCGAGUUCACAACUGCUACCUUCCAACGCAGUACAUCUGAGCUUCAAAAACCACUAUAGAGUUUUAAAAAUAAGCCUUCACCAGGCCAAACAACCUGACCUCCCUUUUAGAUCAGGCCUGUUUUUUCCUCACUCCCACAAUUUUACAGGAUUCAUCCUAUGUAACUUGAGGAGCAGUGCAUCCUCUGAAAAGCACAAAUCCCGGACUAGAUUUUAUGUAACUGAUCAGAUAUCAUUAAUGUCUCAAUAAGUGUUGCAGUUUGGAUUUUUUUUUUUGUGUGUUUAGUGUUUAGAUAGUAUAAAUAAGUGCAUUUUUGUGAAUAUUGUGUUGGGUAGGGAGAAAUUGUGUAGUCCUAAAUAAAGAAAAUGGCAACUGUGUUUUGACUUGUGAGUCACAUUUUUUUUUUGUGUGUGACUUCAGCCAUUAUUAGAUGCUGAUACAAAGCUAUUUAUGAAAUCAUUAUGUCUGGCCAAAGUUUUUACCUUACUGUCCAUAGGGUAUAAAGCGGAGGACUUAUAAUCAAAGCCAUGCCAGUUACAAUUUCACGUUAGUACACAGCAAUAUUUAUCCUGUGAAAACCCUAGUGAUUUUAGGAAGCAACAGGUCUUGAGGGGUAACCAUCCUUAAUCAAAUUGGUUGAAUAAGCUGGUAAAAUGGUUUUGUAAUAUAAUGCUGGUUAAUAUUCAUUUGUUGAACUUUUUAAAAUGAAAUGGCUUAUUGCAUGGCUUAGAUUAUGAAUUGUCAUGUCAGCUUUUUGUGCUCUUACCUCAAAGCUUACUGCAGUAAUGGUGAUAUAAAAUUCCUAUAAACACAUAAAAGAGGAAAGACUUUUUGUGAUUCAGUGAAAUUGCCUGCAGACUAGAAUGCUUUUGGCUUAAGUAAUAUUAAAUCUUUAAGUAAUGUUAUACAGGCUCAGGCUCGUGUUUAAAUGUCAUUCCUUUUUUUUUUUUUUUUUUUU